UCAGCCCGUGCCCUGCCCAACCAUUUUUAUACACAGCCCUGCUGUGUUUUUCCUUCUCUCCUGGCAUCGCUUUGUUUGUCUUCAUAAAUCUCUCUAUCUGUCUUCUUAUUUACUAUUUUGCCCCUUCUUUCUUUCCGCACUAGAUCCAUCGUCUCUAUUAAGGGUUUUAAUAUCACAAUCCUCUGCAAUCGUCUUCUCUGAUCCGAUUCUCUAUUUCACCAACCGAUCGUUUCCUUAUACACUGAACAGAAAUCGUUCAUUAUCGUUUCGUAAUAGUUAGUUUCCGUCGUGAAUUGGCAAUCCACUAAUCACUUGCAUUUCAUUUCGUUGACUUUGAAUCUUGCCUUUCACAGGAUUGAACCGGAGUAGAAGAAUUUAAUUUUAGGAUUUAGGUGCUCACCCCCCCCCCCCCCCCCUCCCUCCCCCUUGCUUUUUCCUUUUUAAUAAUUUGGGGGAUUUAGGUGUAGAAAUGUUGGGGGCUGGAUUGCAGUUUACUACGAGAGGUCGUGGGGACAAUCGGUUUUACCACUCGGCGAAGGCUUGGAGGGUAAACCAGAAUCAACAUAAUGAUCAACUGCGCAGAGCGCAGAGCGAUGUUACCGUGACUCAAUCGCCUUCGGUCAAGGAAAAAGUGGAAAAACCGGCGAACAGGGAACCCGAGAACCGGACUGCUUUGGAGGAAUCUCCCAAACCGGUUUCAGUUCCGGCCUUAGAACCUGUCGUUUCUCCGUUGAGUAAUUUAGAGCGGUUUUUGGAGUCUAUAACUCCAUCUGUGCCUGCUCAGUACUUAUCUAAGACCACAAUGCGGGGCCGCAGGACUUGUGAUGUGGAAUUUCAGCCAUACUUUGUACUUGGGGAUUUGUGGGAGUCUUUUAAGGAAUGGAGUGCUUACGGUGCAGGAGUGCCGGUAAUUUUGAAUGACAGCGAUUCUGUUGUUCAGUAUUAUGUCCCAUAUCUGUCCGGGAUUCAAAUAUAUGGAGAGUCUACGAAGAAGUGUGUGAAAUCGAGGAGACUGGGCGAGGACAGUGACAGUGAUUUCAGGGAUUCAAGUAGUGAUGGUAGCUUUGAUAGUGAACCUGAAAGAGGACUGAAGGGCUCAAGGGAACAAUGGAAUCAUUAUCAUUUACUAAAUGAUGUUCCUCUUAGAAUGGAUAGAAUGUCUUUGAGAGAUCAACUUAUUGCCCACCAAGAGGACUUUUCUAGCGAUGAAGGUGAAUCUAUGAAAUCCCAAGGUUGCUUGCUAUUUGAGUUUCUUGAGCGAGAUCCCCCUUACAGCCGGGAACCAUUAGCUGACAAGAUAUCAGAUCUUACCUUGCAUUUCCCUGAAUUGAAGUCACUAAGAAGUUGUGAUUUGCUAUCAUCUAGCUGGAUUUCAGUGGCAUGGUAUCCCAUUUACAGGAUACCAACUGGACCAACAUUGAAAGACCUGGAUGCGUGCUUUCUGACGUACCAUUCUCUUCAUACAUCAUUGGGAGGUGCACAAACUGCUCAGGCCCCGGUGGUGACAUACCCCAAUGAGAUGGAUGGUGUGCCUAAGAUGUGCUUGCCUGUUUUUGGUCUUGCAUCAUACAAGUUCAAGGGAUCCUUGUGGACCCCUAAUGGGGGAUGUGAGCGCAAAUUGGCAAGUUCUCUCUUGCAGGCUGCUGACAAUUGGUUGAGAUUGGUUCAGGUCAGUCAUCCAGAUUUCCUGUUUUUCUGCCGCAGAUGAUAGAAAGAUAUGAUGGUUACAACACUCCUCCAACCAUUCUAGAAUCUAUAAGCCCAAUGCUCUUGGUACAUGCUUGAGUUGUGUGAGAUAAAAUCCUUAAUUUGUGGAGAUCAAGAUGACAGGUCAUCUGCAAUAUUAUUGAUUUAUAUCCUUUACAAUAAGUUAUAUGGGAGAAGUUGGGAAAAAAAAGACACUCCUAAGAAGGCUUUGGAAUGGAAGGAGUGGCAGUGCAACAAGGCUCAAGCAAAAAUGAAUAGAGGGAACAUAGAGUUCGGAUAAGCUGCUGCACCUUGAACAGAACCAAGGUGAAAUUGUGUUUUGGUAUACCGUCAAUGAAAGCAAGUUUCAUCUUGCUUGUUCUUCUCAAUAUUUAUAUAUAAACCAGGCACUUUUUUUAGUCCUGCUGAUCAGUGCUUAGCAUGUAAUAUUUUAUUUUUAACUUCUAUAAGGGGAUUUUGAUAGGUUGUAUUGUCAUAUUUAAGCCUGCCCCAGAUAUGUAUUUUAACACUUUUUAAUUUUUAUUUUUAUCUGGUUAGUAAUGUGUUGGAAAUGGUUAGUAUUUU